AUGGGCCCCUUGACACUCCAUGAGUCAACUGCUUUGCUGAACGCCUCGCCGCCGGCCGCCGCGCUCAAGAACAACGCCAACAAGCCGUCCCUCCGCCUCCUCAAAAAGCUCCUCCGCACCAUCACUCGUCUCCUCAAGAGACCGUACCGCAAGCCCCGUUGUCGCCGUCGCUUCAUCAAGAAACUCCGCCUCAACCACGCCCUCCACGCUCUCAAACACCGUUCCACCAUCCCCUCCGUGAAUCUUCUGAAAGCUUGCCGCCCCAAACUCCGGCUCCAGAUUGGAAACCUCCGCUUAGUCGAGCUGAUUUCUCUUCCUUGUUACAAUUCUGCAGCCCAAACAACUGCGCCCGUUGACGACCCCAAAACUCCGCUAAGUUGCCACAUCAGUCUGGCUGACCCUUCCGCUCCGCCCCCUCCGGAAGAGAACAUCACCGCUGAUUGCGAGGGGAUUAGCACAUCCUUCCCCACUGAGAACUCCGCACACACCGUCCCAGAACAUCCUCCACACCCUCCAUUGGCACCCUUGUCACCCUCUCCAAACUCUUCCCUCAACACCAAUCCACACUUCAUUCAGGCCGUCAAGAGUCAAUUUGUGUUUGAGUACGCCACCCAAAUGCACCACCGCAUCCGCUUCUUGCUCUCCAGGUCCAAUCUUCUGUUGCAAGACCGCCAGGAGUAUUUCAACAACGUCCUCCGCCACAAAGAAAACCUUUGA